AUUGUUCAUCAUAUUACGUAUUUUGUCUUAUCAUGGAACCAUUUUUUUUUUUACCAGUUAACCCCGCCUUCCAGUAUUAUAACAAUCCUCUGAACUCCGCCUACGUGAGAGCAUCGUUGGACUCUGUGUGUGACUGAUUUUCUCCUUUUGAUCAAAAGUAAACUUUUAAAAGACUUCUGGAGCGAGAACCUUUUUCUUCUACAAACAAAGGGAAAACGCAUUUUCUCCCCUGACACUUCAUCCUUCAAAGCUGGCUGACUGAACACUAAGGUCCUGCGCUGUGAACUUGGAGAAGCAAAGGUUGAACAGCAUGCAAAUGGCGAUGAUGGCGUGGCGCCUCCUGUGGUCUUUUGUCCUAAUGGGAGUGUUGAGCUGCGUGGCUCUGGAAAUCCACCCGGAGGAGUCCCAGUAUUACGCCGCCGAAGGCUCCGAUGUCACAAUGCAUUGCCAGUACAAUGACACCCUGGACAGCUCGGGGUACAUCAUAUGGGAUUCCGCCCCCUUUGGUGUCUCCCCACUGCUCAUCAUUAGGUUCAGUGACGGCCAGUUGCUCUCCGAUCAUUACGAACCGAUGAAGGGCAGGGUCCAUUUCACGGCACGCGAGCCCCAAAAUGGAGACGCUUCUAUCACCAUUAGCAACGUCAGUCGCUCAGACGCGAUGACUUACAGUUGCGUUGUGAAGAAGUUACCUAAAGUGGAGAAGAUAAUGACCCUGACGGUCAUGAAGCCGCCAAGUCAACCGAUAUGCAACGUGCAAGGGGAAUUCGCCCAAGGCAAUAACGUGACGCUCACAUGCUUGUCUUUCCAUGGUGAAUCCCCUCUGACGUACACCUGGGCCAAGAUCAGCGGAAACCAGGUCCUCCCUGCCAAUGCCGUGGUGGACUCCGUAAGAGGCACCAUGCGUGUAGAUAGUAUCAUCGAGCAGGACUGUGGAAGCUAUCGCUGCACAGUGGAGAGCUUGGUCGGAAGCAAAAGCUGUGAGCUCGUCCUCCCCUGCCCGGACGUGCCAGAAGCCCACAUGUCCUCCGCGCUGCUGAUUACCAUCUCCAUCACGGUGGUCCUCAUCAUCCUUGCUGUUUCCAUCAUCACCGCUGGCUGCUUGUGGUGGUUCAGAAAGAAGACAGGGCAGUAUAACCUCAGUGAUGAGACACCUCCUUCCCGAUGGAUUCCAAAAAAAAAAGAGAUUCUGCCUUCUUUGCACUACGAGGCCAAAAACCAGACCGUCACCUUGACUGCUUUCCGCAUGCUUCAAGACUAAAGAGUGAGUUUUUCAAAUGUAGAAAAUGAAAUAUUCCGGAUAAAUUGAAUACUUUGAUGGUUGUCAAUAAACUUGUUUGAACUUUG